AUGAUCGCUUGUAGUGAUAGAUUCGAUACGACAGAUUUACUUUCCAUUUUCAUUCGACCAAAGUACAAUUGUAUAUCAGCUGACUAUCUUCAAAACAGCAGUGUUUCAAUGGCUUUCAAUAAUUAUUGUUCGAAAUUAUGCAUGCAGUAUCGCCAUCGACGUCGACGUUAUUUUUUAUUAAAUUUAUUCGUCAUCACUCUGUGCUUAUGUGCAAUCUUUCCAUUCAAGUACCAUAUUUUUCAAUUAUCGCCCAGCAAACCAUUGCCGCGAAAUUCAUCAUUUUCCGAUUUGUUACGAAAGGAAAUGACAUUAAAUUGUACAGGCGACCCAUUGACAACCUGGUGUGCAGCAGAAAUGAAAUACUCAAUAUUACAAACGAUACAUGCCGAGGGUAAACGAGUCGGUGGUGAACAGAUCCAAGCCGUUCUGAAUCAAGCAGAAAACGAUGAAUAUUUUCAUUUUAAAAAAGAUUUCCUUCAAAUUCCGUGCAAUGCAUCACUCCCUCGAGGCAUCACUCUGCAAUAUCAUCUUUCGAAGAUCCUAUCUUCCAUAACUUCAUAUCAAACAUCUGCAAAUGCCGAUUUGAUCGUGAAUGAGAGUACAAUAGCUGUGAAUCGUCAUGAUUAUGCAAAUAUUUACCAUACGAUGACAGAUUUGUAUACCGCAUAUAUUCUCUGUCGAUUCUUCCAACGCGAUCCAAAAUCCGUUCGAAUCCUUUUUCUUGAUGCACAUCCACAUGGGAAUUUAGACGUUUAUUGGUCGAAAUUAUUCCAUUCCUACUCUCGUUUGGGACAUUUGAAGAAAUAUAGUAAAAUUUUGUAUCACGAGAUAAUCUGGGCUCAGCCUCAAGCACAAUCCGACAUCGAUGUUCAACGGCAUCGAAAGCAGACUCCGAGUUUCUUCGCUGACUUUCGUCAACAUAUGCUCAAGCAAUUCCAUGCGGAUUCGACAGCUACUCGAACAGUUAAUUGUGAAUCAUUACAGAUAUUCUAUCUUGGACGACGAAACUAUGUGGCUCAUCCAAGAAAUCCAUCAGGCAAAGUCACUCGACAGUUGCCCAAUGAAAAACAAGUUCUAGAAACUCUACAGAAGAAAUUCUCUGGUUAUUCCAAACUCAAUUUUACGUAUAACUAUUUCGAACAGUUACCGAUCGAAGAACAGUUACAAACAAUCGCUCGAACAGAUGUAUUUAUUGGAAUGCAUGGCGCUGGUUUAACCUAUGUUACAAUGUUAAAACCCAAUCGAGCACUCGUAGAGUUAAGUGGACCUUCUUGGCAAUCACAAGAUCACUUUCAGCAGUUAGCGAUCAUAAAUCAAGUUCGGUAUCGUCAAUGUGCCAUUCAAGAUGAAUCACCGACGGUAGCCGAAAAAAUCUUCGAUUGCACAAAGGAAAAGGUUCUAGAAUUGUGUCCGUCAAUUAUGACUUGA